UUUUCCGGGUGUCUUUGUGACACAAUACAAACAGCCAAAGUGGAUAACGUAAAGAUUGAAGAUUUAGUGGACUCCGAUCCCGAUAUCGAGUUUAUUGAAAAGGACAGCGGCAUGUCGUCGUUAGGCGGUAGCAAAGAUGAAACUCCCGAAAGAAAAACAGUGGCCACUACUAAUGAUCCAGCUGUAACAGAGGAAAAUUAUGAUGAUGAACCUGAUGAGACAUUGGGCGAACGCAUCAUGGGUCUUGCCGAAAUGUUCCCACAACCUCUGAGGGAUUUCACUGGUGGCCUUGUCAAUUUCACAACCAGCAGCAUUAAGGGCCUGUACAAGUUCUCGUGUAAUGCCUCAUGGAUAUUCUUUACCAGUUCGGUAAUACUCUUUGCUCCAGUCAUAUUCGAGACAGAACGUGCCCAAAUGGAAGAAAUGCAAAAGACACAACAGAAACAGGUGCUGCUGGGACCUGGAUCUGCGAUGUCAGCCGUUGGAGAAGCGCCAGCAUUGCCAUUAAUACGAUAAAUUUAUACAGAAUAAAAAAAUACUUAAA